UUUAAUGAGCUCUAUAGAAAGUGGUGUGUAUAGACGGACAGCUGAACUUUGACUCUGCGCUAGAAUAAAGAGGUUAAAGAAGAGGGGAGGAGUGUAGAGCUGAGUUUGUAGGAGGGACCAUCAUUAAGAGAAGUGAGCAGUUCCUGGUUUGUCAGAGAAGAAAGAAGAGAAGCAGCAUUAAAGCAUCAGAGCCUCAACAUGAAAGUCUUCCACACUUUUUUCUGUUUCCUCUUCAUCGCUCUGCAGGAUGGAAAGACUGGACUUUUAAAUUCAAAUCUAGGCCUGCGCACAGUAAUGGAAGGAGAAGACAUCACAGUUGAAUGCCCAUUCACUAUUUCCGGAAACACAAAGAAGUUCUGUCUGGAAAAAUGUGAAGAAGGAAACAUUCUCAUUGAAACAACAGAGGACACAGCUGAGAAAGACAGAUACAGAAUUCGAUAUGAACACAAAACUUUUCCAUCAGAUAAUAUUCUGCAUGUGAGCAUCAAACAGCUGAAGAAGUCUGACUCUGGUUGGUACAGAUGUGCUUUGGGAAGGUCUUUGCUUCCAGAUUCAUCUGAGGAUUUUCAGAUUGUUGUCAAAGCAGCUUCAACCACUUCACAACCAAAGUCCACUCUUCCAACUUUUCCACCGUCAACGUUUCUCCCAUCAUCCUCCACGGCAACAACACCAACAGAAGAGAGUUUGAGCUCCACUUCAGGAACAUCUAAACCUCCAUCAGCCUCUACUGAAGACAACGGGAAGCCGGACUCAUCUUCAGGUACGUCGUCAGAUUGUGACCAAAAGUUUUCAUCUACUUUUAAAGACCACAUAUAUAUCCAGUCCAGUCGAGUAUAUGAUGAGACCAGAGAGGACAGACAGAUCAGUUCUCCUCCUGUGGAAACAUCUUCAAUUUACUGCAACGCCAAAUACACCAAACCAAACAGAGCUGAAGACACAGACGACUACAGCUUUGUCAGCUUUCCUGCAAGCAAAAUCUGA